CAUCUUUUUGAUAGGUACCUUCUACUGAAAACGUUUUGUUUGUGUAUAGAAUUUAUUUUCAUAAAUUAUGUAAUUAAAAUAUGGAGAACAUCGAAAUAUCAUAUUGCAGAUUCUGCGCCGAAUCUAAAAGCACCGAUAAACUAUUAAACUUACAAACAGACUGUCAGAAACACGAAGAAGUGCUCUUAAAACUGGCCUUUCUUAACGCUGUUUACGUUGACGUUUCUGACAAGAAUUCACUACCGAAAACGGCUUGUUUAAUAUGUUACGAGUCUUUAAACAAAGCUUACGAGUUUUUACAAAGCGUCAAACAAGCCCAGGAUGUUUUAAUUGGCUUGUUUAGCACAUCAGAGGACAACAAAUGCGACCUAUCGGACGACGAUCAAAACUCCGCUUUCGAUGAUUUUCUUAGUUUAAACGAGUCUGUGGACAUUAAAUUAGAAACUAUAGCCCAGGAGAAUGAGUCGUUGGUUGAUUCCGUCGAAGUCAAAGUGGAGCCAAAAGAAGAAGUUGAAACAAUUAAUCCAACGUUAGACGUUCAUCAGAUAAUUGGGGCAGCCCUACAGGUCCCAUUCGAUCCGGAGAUGACUAUAUACGCCAAGGAUGUAUCGGACGUAGGAACCAAGGCUAUUAAGAGUUGGAGUCAGUACCCCUGGAUCUGUUCACACUGUAAUAUAGAGUUUAUCAACAUAGACAUGUUGAGGUCACACUCCAAAUUAGUUCAUGGCAGAUGCUCAGCUCUGUUCUGUGUUGAUUGUAAAAUAGGAAGAAAGGACGACUUUAUGGCUUUUGUGAAACACGUCAGAAAACAUAGAAAGUGUUUGAGAAACUUCUGUCACUAUUGUGACUCAGAGCUUCAAGGAGACGAAACAAUUAGUAGUCAUGUCAAGCAACACUUUCAGAAGUCUCAAAUAGCGUGUCAACUGUGUGGUGAGAUACUUAGUGAUAAACACAAUUUAGAAAUACACCUACAGGACUACAGCUUGAUGAAACCCAAACGUAAACCGAAGAGGAAACCAGGCACUGCCAUCACUAUUGAAGACUUAACCUGUAGUAUAUGUAAGAAAGUGUAUAAGAACACAAACAGCCUACGAGAUCACAUGAAACUGCAUAAUAUAAAUCGUAAGAGAGACUACACUUGUGAUCGGUGUGGGAAGAUGUUCUAUAAUAAAGGUACGCUGACAUCACACAUUAUGACACACGACAAGAUACGUCCUCAUAUCUGUAGGAUCUGCAACAGAUCAUUCCUCUUUCCAAAUAUGUUAAGAAGGCAUGUGGAAAUGCAUUCUGGUGUGAAACCCUACUCUUGUGAACAAUGCGGUCGAUGCUUCAGACUACCUUAUCAGUUGAACGCCCACAAAAUAGUUCACACAGACUCAAUGCCCUACAUUUGUCAAUAUUGUAACAAAGCAUUUAGAUUUAAACAGAUUUUGAAGAAUCACGAGAGGCAACACACAGGCUCCAAGCCAUAUUCAUGUCAGUUCUGUAGUAUGGAAUUCACAAACUGGUCAAAUUACAAUAAGCAUAUGAAGAGGAGACAUGGCACUGAUACAGCCAAAAAGAAAAUCACUCCAGAGGGCGUUUUUCCUGUUGACCCCAUCACUGGACAGAUAGUACAAGUAGAAGACCCAGCCGGUACUGAGGAGUGGAAGAGUAAGAUCAUGAUACCCGGGAAACGGGGGAAAAAGAAAAGAGUCAAACAAAUUGACUGAAAUAAAUUUAGUUAUGUUGAGAUAAUUGAUAAAGUUAUGGUUUCAAAAGAAAUCCCAUAUUUCUGAAUUUCAGACAAAUAAUUUGCAAUGAUUUUAUGCAUUACACAAAUUGUGUUCGUAUCAGACAAUUACCUCCACUUCAUAUCAAACAGUGGCACAUUACAAUCACAAGACAAGUGAACACAAGCAGUGUCUUAAGGUAAACGGGCAGUUUUGUACAAGUCUAUAACUAAGUAGAGGUUUUACACAGGAAUAUUACAACUCCAACUGCUUGAUUAUGUCCACCAGGACACUUCAGUAAUCACAUAAUCAUAAAUGGUUAUUGCCUACAUCUAAGGGGAAGCUUGUGCAUUUUCUGCAUGUAUAAAAUUAAAUAUGAGGAAAAAAAAAUUGGAAAUCUAAAGCACAUUGGUUUGGUGUUAACAACCAUUGUGUUCCUGUGUUAGCCCGGUAGCAGUUUGAUUAUUCUGUAUUAUUUUCGGAUUAAUCCUCAAACUUCUGGUGACUAGCUCAUCAGAAUUUAUCCAAAUGUUAUCAAAUAAAGCCCUGACAAAACACACAUGUAAAAAUGAAAUAAAAAAUAUCUAUUUAGGUUUCUGUGUGUCCAUAAUUAAAUCAUAAUUUACAUUAUAUAGACUACACAAUGUGUAAACGUCUCUGCUGAAACGAUUCACCACCUACACGUUAACGGGUACUAGAAACCGUUCAGAUAUUAACAAACAUGCAGUGUGGGGUUUUCUGUGGCCAGCCCCUUGUAGAAACGACAUGUCAAUACAAGCCAUUGUAUGGUUUGUCUCGUUAUUGUUAUUAUUCAUGAGUAUGUCCUUAUUGCUCCUGUAUACAAAAUAAAUAAUGUGUUUGGGGCAGGUACCACCACCCUGCCUAUUUCAGCCGUGAAGCAGUAAUAAUGCGUUUCGGUUUGAAGGGUGGGGCAGCAGCCGUCGUAACUAUACUGAGACCUUAGAACUUAUAUCUCAAGGUGCGUGGAGCAUUUACAUUGUACAUGUCUAUGGGCUCCAGUUACCACUUAACACCAGGUGGGCUGUGAGCUCGUCCACUCAUCUAAGCAAUAAAAAAAAUGGUUUUGUGGGUCAUCAUUUAUACAUAAAACUUAUUAAUGCAUAAUAUUUGUAUGGUCAUUUUAGUCUUGACGUGCAUAAUAAUAUAUACAUAUAUAGGCAAAAAAUAAUUAUUUUAUAAUUGACAACAUAUAUCGGAGCACCCUGUAAAAAGAAGCGGCUCUGUGUUACGUCGCCAGGGACAACAAAUGUACUUAUUUACUUGAUGUAACUGCACGUAAUGUAUCGCAUAGUGAGAUUAGCCGACGCGCAGAAUGUCGGGUUCGACGUGCAAUUGUUACUACUAUAAGCCGCCUCAAUAAAGAAACGAAUCUAAAAUGGCGUCUAUGUACCUGCACUGACUGGAAGGAUCAACAAAUAAAAAGAAAGAUAGAAAAAGUUGUUUUUUUUUUUUUUAUUGCUUAUAUGUGUGGACGAGCUCACAGCCCACCUGGUGUUAUGUGGUUACUGGAGCCCAUAGACAUCUACAACGUAAAUGCGCCACCCACCUUGAGAUAUAAGUUGUAAGGUCUCAGUAUAGUUACAACGGCUGCCCCACCCUUCAAACCGAAACGCAUUACUGCUUCACGGCAGAAAUAGGCAGGGCGGUGGUACCUACCCGCGCGGACUCACAACAGGUCCUACCACCAGUAAGUGACGUACCACCAGUGAUAAUUGAAAAAAAAAAAAAAAAAAAAAAGAGAAUGUGUUUUACCUUAUGCCCGGCAGAGGGGGGGGGAGUCUCAUCUGGGAUGCAACUUCCGUAGACACUUUUGCUCCCAGUCAUCUAAGUCGCCCAACUCGAAAGCGAAAAAACUCGAGCUCAACAACAAAGCCAGAACUGAUAUUUUUUUUGCACGCAGUACGCGCCGUGUGCGACUAAAGACAGCAAUAGUUUAGAGUGAGAGCGCAUGAUCGCUGCCGCCAUUUUAGAUUCGUUUCUCUAUUGGCGCGGUUUAUAUAAAGAAGUGUUAUUACAAUCAGCGAAUAAGCAGUCCGGCAUCUGUUCAUAUAUCUACGUAACGAUAUCAUUGAACGUGUCGCGGACUGAGGACAACACCUUUGGCUUGUAUACCAACCAGGAUACAAACAUGGUUUUGCUUCAUUUGGACCUGCUACUAAACCUCUGUUCACUGUUCACCUGUGACGUCACAACUUGUCCCAAUGAAUUUAUUUUAUAAAACAAUGUAUAAAUCAGACAUAUUGUAUAUAGUUCACUUGUUAUUUAAAAUAAGUGCAAUUAAAUUUAUGAAAUAUU